UUCGGCUCGUGCUAUGCUGGCAUACCCUUCUUCGUCUGCGAAUAUGCUACAAACGGAACGCUCGUCAACUACUUGCGAAAACACCCUGACGAACUGGGGUCGUACCUCCACGCUCGCGAUGUUGUCCAUGGCGACCUGAAGGGGAACAACAUCGUCGUCGGAAGUGACAGGAAACUGGUCUCAGUUCCAUCGCGAGUGUUGAAAACAAGCCCGUGA